CCCCCAAUCCCCACCACUAUCUCUUUUCAUAAGCAAGCGUCACUUAGUCAUGACUUUCUAUUUAAGAAAGCAAGUACUUGCUCACUUUGGCCUGUUCUGAGUUAGUGGUAAGUAUACCAUGAAGUUUCAGCAGUUGGAAUUAGCCUUUUUGAAUAAAAAUUCCUCAACGUCUUCUUCCUCUUCGUCUUCCUUGACUCUUGGAUUUAAGCGUCUUCGGCCGGUCGUACCGGCUGCAUCCACUGUCAAGCCUGUUACUUCUCUGGAACUCAAGAGCUUCAGCUUCUCUAAGGCUUCUUCCGCACCUCUGCAACAUCAACAUGUCACUCUGUCAGGAGGGGGAACAAGAUGGAACCCAACUCAAGAACAGAUAAGGAAACUAGAGUCACUCUACAAUAGCGGGAUGAGGACACCGAACGCCCAGCAGAUCGAGAAGAUAACUGCUGAGCUGAUCAAACAUGGAAGAAUUGAAGGAAAGAAUGUCUUCUACUGGUUCCAGAACCAUAAGGCAAGGGAAAGGCAGAAGCAGAAGCGCAACGGUCUCCUCAGCCCCUCCUUGCCACCAGACUCAAACUUCUCUGAAACAAAGGCAUGCUUAUACAUGCACACAAUUUCUAACUAAGAAGAUAAGAUACCUAUAUAUACAUAUAUAUAUCUUGUUCUAAUUAGAAACUUUAGUUGGUGCUAUUGUAGGGAGCUGAAGAGAAGAAGGAGAGUAGAGAUGGGAGAAGCAAGAGGAGAAGCAGGAGUUGGGGAGUUGAGCUUGAUCAGAUUAUUGAGUGCGGCGGUGAUGACAGAGUAACACUCGAGCUCUUCCCUUUGCACCCGGAGAACAUUAAUGGAAAUAACUACUUUUAAAUAUAUAAAUCAGCUUAUGGACGAUUGUUGUAGUUUUUAAUUUGUUUGUUUAUGAGAUUAUGGUGCGUUGUAGGUAGCUUUUUCCUUUUUAU